AUGGGACAAAGGAGUGUAUACGAUCCACGUGAUCCUUGGGCAUUCCGGAACACUUGGACAGGAGAAAUUCGCAACAGUUACGAUGAUCUGUGGAUUUGGGCUACGCUCAUCAUUGCACUGACUAUCAUCGCUGUCUGUAUCUUAGUACCUGUGUUAAUCCAUAUCUACUGCAGAGACGCCUGCUUCCGUUUUGAUUCCUGUCGGUGCUUUGAGCAGCUUUUAACCGUCUGCUACACAACGAGUUGGGAGAAACGAGAACGGUCUCGAAGACGUCGACGAGCAACGACAGAUUACUCACUCCGGAUUGAGGAAUCUAUCUCCAGAAAGGUUCCAAAAACAGUACAACUCCGGAAUUUCGCUCCCUAUUGGCAAAUGGUCUAUUCUGACCCGAUUGUGAGUCCAGGGGUGAUGCAGUUGACCGAAAUGUCUUUCAAAGCACUUCAUGAUGGAUGGAUGUAUGAAUUCUCAGAAGGCGAUAGCAUUUCUCUUUCCUCGCUGCUUAUCCUAACUGUCAUUGAACAAUGUUCAUUCAUAAGCUUACACAUCGACAGUGAGUACAGAUGA